AUGAGCAGGCCGAUACCGCGCACCGUGGUGCUCUCGAACGGCGUGGAGAUGCCGCGUGUCGGGCUGGGCACGUUUCGUGUUCGCGGGCAGGAGGCCGCGCAGGCCGUGACGGCCGCGUUGAACGCGGGAACGAGGCACAUCGACACAGCGUCCAUCUACAAGAACGAGGCAGAGAUCGGCGAGGCCAUCCGCAUGUCGGGCGUGCCGCGGGAGGACGUCUUCGUGACGUCCAAGGUGUCGCCCUACGAGCAGGGCGAGGCCGGCGCGUCCGCGGCGGUGGACGCCAUCCUAAACAGGCUGGGCAUGGAGUAUGUCGAUCUGCUGCUGGUGCACUGGCCCGGCGUCGCGAGGGCGAAGCGCGAGGGCCCCGAGAACGCCGCGGCGCGGCUCGGGACCUGGCGCGUGCUGGAACGAUGCUAUGAGGAGGGGCGGUGUCGGGCCAUCGGCGUCAGUAACUACACGCAGGGCCACCUGAAGGAGCUCCUGGGCGUCUCGAAGGUCGCCCCCGCGGUCAACCAGAUCGAGGUGCACCCGCGGUGCCAGCAGCGCGAGCUGCGCGAGUUCUGCGCGCAGAACCACGUCGCGGUCGUCGCGUACGCGAGCCUCGGCAGCGGGGAGCUUCUGUGCGAGCGGCACGUGCAGGACGCGGCGGCCGCGUCCGAGACCACGCCGGCGCGCGCGCUGCUCCUCUGGGGCCUGCACCACGGCUGCUGCGUGAUUCCGAAGUCGGGGGACCCCACACGGAUCGCGGCGGCGUCCGAGCCGGCACUGUUGGGGGGCGCGGGCCUCUCGCAGGCGUCUCUGGCGCAGCUGGACGGCAUGGAGGAGCUGCUAGGGCGGAAGAAGAUCUGCUGGGACCCGGAGGGGAUCGCGUAG